CUUCACCUUUCACCACAUGCUGCAGUUUGAAAGAAAUCUCGUUCACGACGAUGAUCCCGAGAUUGGCCUUUCUCGAAUACAGCCCUGCUGCUGCACCUUCAGCGAUGCUAUCAACCACAAUCAUCUCAUCGAGCCGACCGCACUUUAUCUCUCGCAAGCCUGCUCGGCGUGGCGUAACAUUAUCGUCUCAAUGCCUAAGCCCUGGUCGAUGAUCACGAUUCACGGUGCCAACGUCCACUAUCGACCUCUUCACGCGAAACGUCUUCUUUGCACGUACCUCGCCCAUGCCGGUCAAGCUCCCCUCAAUAUCAGACUCUGCGAACACCGCCGCAUGUCUUUAAUAACCGACCUCAAGAAUUCCGGAGUUAGAUUCAUUGGGGCGUUCAACCUCCUAUUCUCCUCAUACGCGACGAACAUCUACAGUGUCACGAUGCUUCCAGGACUGGGGCCGCUUUUCAUCGUCUCUUGUCCAGCCCUGUCCCACCUCACGGUAACAAGACCCACGUACUGGGACAUGGUUUCGCUUGCUUUGGCGAGUUCCUCCAGGACCAUUAGCCGAAUCGACCUGGUUGACUGUUCAGUGGCGGAUAUUUGCUACCUUGGCUCUAUACCCCCUAAGCUCACACACAUGGCAAUCCAAAAUCCCCUCCACAGUCACCCGUCUGAUACCAUAUCUAUACCGCUUCUCGUCUCUCUCACGAUCGCGCUUUCCAAGCCUCACCUUCAGCCGCUUAAUGGCAUAUUCGAAACGCUCUCCCUUCCCAAUCUUACCUCACUGACUAUAUGCGCUCCGGAUCUUCCUAUCGAUACGUUCAUCGCUUUCCUGGAAAAGUCUCCCGCUCUGCGGACAUUGACCGUGUCUUCAUGCAUCUCUGAUUUCCGUUUAUUCAUCGCAGCAUCGAAGAAUCUUGCGGUCUUAGACAUUUACGCGCACGAAGAGUGUUUGGAUGAAAUCUUCGAUGUUAUCAAAGGAAGCAGGCGGCCCUCUGACGCGAUUGUACUGCGCAUGGUCGAAAAGAAAAGUGACGAAGACGAAGGGGAUAUGUCUUUCUCAAAAGAUAAGCAUUUUGCCGAGGACGACGACAGCUCCGCCCACGUCGGCUCAACUCUAAAAGAAGAACACCACGAUGACGAUCAACAAGGCAAGGACAAUGACGACGAGGAUGAAACCUACAGUUCGGAGGAAUCGGACGAAGAAGUCGAUAUUGCUUACCAGAAGCUGGCUCGAGCGCAAGCCAAAAACGGUUUUCCCACGCCAUCGAGUGUUGACACCGUUCCAUUUUGGGAAACCCCGAUUCCUUUUGACUGUCCACCAAGAAAAGGAAAAACGUCAAGUAAAAGGGUCGAGCCUCUCGCCGUCUCUGUGGAAAGAACCUACGAUAGCAUUUCGCUUGCCCAAACCCCAUUCGCGUCUGAAUUCCCAAUACACUUUCUCGCGAGUUUGCAGAAACUCUUUUUUUCCCCUAUUGGCUGGCAUGGUCUAGAGAUCCAUGAUAUGCUAGUAAAGGCAGAGUCGCACAUUCAGCCAUUCCCUUCAGCCGAGCUCGUGCAGAUGCAGUUCUGGGAUGGUACAUAUUCUGCCAGGAUAUCAGCGCUCAAGGCAAAGACCAACCUUGUCAGCGUGUGGUUCCGUGCAUAAAUAUGUGGGUUCGGGCGAUGUAUGGAGCUUUCCCGGAGAAGAGGGUGCUAUGAGAUCAUCCGUAGUUUGUACUGACGUUCUUUUUUUUUUUUAAAAAAAAAGUUCUCCGUUCGAAAUCUAUCGCUGAUUGGUUUUCGUUAUAGGCUUAUCUUGCUGAUAACGUACUAUGCUUGCCGAGCCAGGUAUCCACUACGCUCUACAUACUUUUUGCG